GAGAUGGCAAACACCAGAGGAAACUUCAGCUUUACUGCACUUCAGCCAUUGGAGCUGCCCACCAUUUCAAAGUUCAAGAUUGGACUCUGCCAGUUAUCAGUUAGUGUAGACAAAAAUCAAAACCUAAUCCAUGCUCAUAAUUCAAUUAAAUUUGCUGCAGAGAAAGGGGCAAGGCUUGUUGUGUUACCUGAAAUGUGGAAUUGUCCUUAUUCAAAUGAUUACUUUGCGAAAUAUGCUGAGAAUUUUGAGGAAGAGGAUGCUUCGCCGUCAUUUUCAAUCUUAUCAGAGGCUGCUUUGAGCCUUGGGAUCACCAUUGUUGGUGGCUCCAUGCCUGAAUGCGACAGUGGUAAGUUGUUUAAUACUUGCUGUGUUUCUGGAGCAGAUGGAAAGCUGAAAGCUAAGCAUAGGAAAGUCCAUUUGUUUGAUAUUGACAUCCCAGGGGAUAUUUCUUUCAAAGAAUCUGAUAUUUUCACUGCAGGAGAUAGACCAACCAUGGUAGAUACAGAAAUGGGCUGUAUUGGAGUAGGAAUUUGUCAUGAUAUACGCUUCCCAGAACUCGCAAUGCUAUACAGAGCAAAAGGUUUUUUGUUAGUUAUAAAACUCCGGUUUGUAACAAACUAUGCUGACAUAUUUAUGAGGCUGAAUUACUUGUGUGAAUGUUAG